GGGAAAUCUUCGGUUGACUGUUGGAUGGCUCUCCAGCCAGCAACUUCUCAACUCUGUGUUCCCUUCUCUCUCGAAGAAAUAUGGACCAUUCCACGGAGUCUUCCACGCAUAUACCGCCAAUCUCGCCUUACAAGGAUCAGCAAGCUUUUGAUACUUUGCGCUUGCACAUCGGACAGACCGACAAGGCCCCACUCAUUUACCUCAUCCGAUAUCGAACCCAGCCUCGGAGCGUUCCGUGAAGCUCUCACGGGCCGGAGGCUUAUGUUCAGAGGUCGGCGGAAGUACCCCGCUACCCUACACCCACACCAUCUCGAGAUCCUGCGAAAAUCCAAGGACAGGAAUGUGAUAUCGAUAUUCCAGACGCCUUCAUGACCUUCAUGGCCUUCUCGCAGCCUCAAUACUUCAUCAGUACUUCAUCAGUCAGAUAAGCAUCGCAGCAAUCAUCCCUCAUCCGAUCGCAAUGUCUCGGUGAGCGGGGCAGCUAAAGUGCGGAGCACCGCCGAUCGAACAGCCCGGAUGACCUCCCGGAACGAAUUACUUUACGGAACCACCCACCUUUGAGGUCCAGCUCUGAGACAUGCAGACUUCACAGCUGUUGAGGCCAUUCACAACAUGCAUGCUAGGCCGAACAGGACCAGGUCACGUCGGUGAACAUCUUGCUGUAUGGUACAGGUCUCGAGCUCGGUCGUCAUCGGGCCCCAAUGCGGCCUACGAUCAACUUUUGUGACAUGCAGUUCCUCCCACACUGGUACGGCGCUUGGGGAUUCGUGGCCGGCAUGGCCGCUUGCAGGGCCGGGCGUUGAGGGGCCUGGCUCUCGGGGUUGGGUGAUGAUACUGGCCUCAAACUGCUCACUGACUUCUUCCCCAACAUUUCACAGCGUGGGGUAUUUGAAAACAAGAGCUCGCUGGCACUCCAGUAUUGGCUAGUUGUCCCAAGAAGCGAGGUAGUAGAUGAUAUCUGUCACCAUUCUAACUCAGAGGCCACAGAGUCCGGUCGUGCGUGUUGCAUACUGCCGAGUAUCCAUCGCAGCCAAUCGUCAUGACUGCAGGUAUUCCAGUCCCCUCUUUCGGGCGUGGCAUCCGCACCUCACGGUGAUCCGUUCUAGCCGUGAUGUGCCUGCUCGAGGCGAAAUUCACUCUCCGCUGUCCGUGCCUGCCCUUCUCAGCAAGCAGGACUGCUGCCCAGUGGCUGACGCUUGAUUGCCCCCGCAGAGUCAUGGUCCGACUUGAUGGGAAUAGGCUUUCAAAAGCUGCAUGAUCCCCCGGAAUAAUAUCUCUCGCCUCUUGUUCCUUUCUUUCCAUCCAUGUGGUUUCUAUCUUUACCUUGCACCCCUUUAUCGUCCUCUCCAAAUUCUCAAAGAAGAAGCCUUCGACCAAUCACCAACCAUUCCAGAACAAACGUCAUCCGCCUAUCGAGGCUGGCCUUUGUUUGGCCAAGAUCGAAACAACAAUCGAUUGAUCGCACUUGGCCGGCGUCUCUCGACCUGCCGCGCGCCUGUUCUGCUCACCUUCGCGGGGCUGCCCCACAAAAUAACCUCAACCUAGGUGAGCCUAAGUGGCCUCAUAACCACUCGUUGACUUUCGCUUCCUCUACCCGAGACCGAAAACCUUCCCAGCAGCACCAAAUGUUGUCAGCCUUGACAGUCUGUUGCUGGUCUGGACUGCGGGCCAAGUUAGGCUCAGUUCCGUCUUUUCCGUGGAAAUCCGUACAAGGCAAGGCCUCGUCUGAUUUCCCAUGUCAUAUAACAAUGCCAUUCUCAACGGUCGUCAAGUGGCGGCCCUUUUAUGUUGGUCAACGUUUCGCACCGCUUUCACUGCCCUAUUCUUUGUGCUGGUCACUUGAUAAACCCUCGACCGCCACGUACUCGCACCUUCGCCCCCUCCCCUUCUGAGGAUCUGCUCUCCUCGACCGAAGUCGUCUUUAUUUUUCCUUUUCUCUACUCUCUGUCUCCGGGAAUGCCUGGUGUAUCCCCUCAUUUGUCUCAUAUUUAAUUUUUUAUUUUCCCCUUCCUAUUGCUUGUUGAUCUUCAUUGUUCAACACCCCCAGGGUCCUUCUUCGCCCAUCAACUCAUUCACUUCCGUCCGGCCCGCUAUAUCCGGACCUUCGCACCACAGAGCAACACAGUCCCACAGUGGCGGCUAGGCAUCGUCAUCAGCACACUCUUUGCUUGAAUAUAUAAACACCAACUAAGACGUUCUUCACGAUGCGUAGACCAAGAUUCAGAAAGUCUCCUUCGACGAGCUUCUCAACGAUAUCCGAAGAUAUGGCUACGCCUCCCCGAAGCCCAUCACAAACCUCCACACGAAUCAGGGACACGGGGUUCCCCGAUACAUUCUGUGGAAAUAGGAACACCACCCUUCCUCACCCUGACGCCAAGAUUGGUCCUGAUGCAUGCAUCACGGAAGACGAUGUGAAUGUGGGCAGGGCACUCAUCAGGCACAGGAUGUCCUUCCAAGUUCAGACUGAGCGACCAUAUGGUCGAUCUCUUAGCCGGUAUGACCGCAAAGUCAGCGGCUCUUCUGACGAAGGAGCUCUAGCUACUCUAGGCCGUAUGGCUCUUGGGUCUAUUCGACCCAGUGCUGAGCAACCCGCUGGUAUUCGACCGACGUCUCGGGACGGCCAUAGUGUCACCACCUCCGACGGCACAGGCUCGCCUCCACACUCCCCAACCCGCCAAGUGAAACAGGAUCCAAGAGACGCAGCCAGGGAUCCUAGAGACGGACGCCGACAUCGUCGCAGGAGCAGUCUCAUCAACAGGCUCUUGCACAGAUAGAACAGCAGAAGCCGGGGAGUUCGACGGAAAAUUCGCAAUUGGUCUUUCGAUAUGGGGGGGAAGGCAAGGGAUACCUCUUCGGGGGCAGCAUUUCUUUUACGAGCGAGGAGUUCCGGUAACAAUUAUUUUGAGCAUAUGCAUUUACAUGGAAGGGAGCCGCAUGAGCAGCACCACGGGAAUCAACAAAACAUGGGAAAAGCUGGGCGUAAUUCGGCGAAGAAGAAGCACACGCCGCAGAAGAAACAGACGAAGGGGAAGCGCCAGCAUGCAGACUUACCCAUGGCUUUUCGUAAUACUCCGUAUUGGAGAAUCAUUAAUUGAACAUCAU